UAGCAGCGCUCGCGUCAGAUGAUCAUACGUCAAAGCCGUAUGUAAUCGCUUGGACGCGACGACUGCGACGAGCAGAGUCACCGAUCGUGGCUCCGAAGGGCGUUUUCGGAGCGUCCUCUAAAGACGCGCGCGAGAGAGAGAAUGCGUCAAAAUCGCGAUCUAUCGUGACGACGAAAAAAAAAAAAAUCACUCCGACGACGACGUCAUCGUCGCGAGGUCGCGGCCGCAGUAGAAGAUACUCCAACUGACAUAUCCGGAGGCCCGAUUAGACCGUAAACUAGGCUCGCUUCGACUCGCUUUCGCGGGAGAUCGAGAUUCAAUCAUCUCGCCGCCGUCAUUCAGCGAAAGAUGUAGGCGAAGCGUGUCUCGUCUCCGCAUCCUCUUCUCGUCCUCUUUUUGAUCACAGCUUCUCUCGCACCAUCGACCGACGCAACUUACGCAACAUAACCUUCUCAGCUGCAAAAACAGUCAGAUUUCCACUGCGUAGACGUGUAUUUCUGUCAGCUCGCAAAGUGCGUUUGUGUAAUUUAAUUAUAGGAAUACAGCGCUAUGGCACGUCAGGGCUUUGUCGCCUUGGAAUUGUACGAUAUUAUUGUCGUGCAUCGAGUUCCCAGGAAAUCAUAUGUUACGAUUAUACAUUUUCAGUGCUUGUGCUUGAGGGGCAUGAAGAGCUACUCAUACUGUAGUAACUGUAUUGAAAAAUUAUUUGGUGCUAGUUAACUUGAUUUUCAUUAUGGAAAAUCAAGGCUAUCAUCAUCAAACCCUUUCAACCCAUCAGUCUUUCUGGAAGAAGAACACACGUGCGGUGCCAGGAAGGCCAAGUCUGAAGCAGGAUAUUAGACACAAUAAAUUUAAUUCCACGGCAAUUGGAUCUAGCAAUUUGACUAAUAUUGCUAAUAGUAGUGGUAGUACAGGUGGAAGUGGAGGCUCCACUUCUUUUCAAGAUUUUCAGGAGAGCGUAGAUGAUGCAUGGGAUUCGGGGGAUGAUGAAUUUUGCACAGUUUCGGAUGUGAAGAUAUCGAAGAAAGUCAGCCAAUCAGCAGCUCUUAGUGUUAUCAACAAUCAUAGAUCUAGCAAUAAGUGUUCGCAAUUGCUACAGGCAAAUACCAAAGUAGUUCAACAAGAAAUUAUUCCAGAAGAGAAAAAGGCGGAGGCCCUUCAAAGAUUAGCAGUACAGCCAUUACAUUUACGCAAUGUAAAUUUGAAUUUCCAAGUGAAUAAUAGUCAACAUCCCAGUGAAAAUAUAGAUGUGAAGUAUGGUGUAUCACCUCAGCACAAACCAACACAAUUUCCUGGUAGACCCCAACCAUUAAGACAAACAAAUGCUCCCAAUAAAUUUUUUAUACCUUCAAAGGAGCAAGAUGGUGAAAGUAAAGUGGACAAGUUUCAAUUACUUUUGGAAGCGUCCGUUCUGAAUUUGGACGAAUUAAGACACUUGUCAUGGUCGGGUGUGCCUGCCAAAUUACGUUCUGUCACUUGGAGGUUGUUGUCUGAAUACUUGCCAGCUAAUCUAGAACGUAGACAACAUGCAUUGGAGCGCAAACGACUAGACUAUUGGAAUUUGGUCAAGCAAUAUUAUGAUGUCGAACGAGAUGAAGGCUUUCAAGAUACAUAUCGUCAAAUUCACAUCGAUAUUCCUAGAAUGUCACCACUCAUCUCGCUAUUUCAGCAAACGACAGUGCAACUGAUAUUCGAAAGAAUAUUGUAUAUUUGGGCGAUCAGGCAUCCCGCAUCUGGUUAUGUUCAGGGUAUGAAUGAUCUUGUGACGCCCUUCUUCUUAGUCUUCUUGCAAGAGGCGAUACCAGUGCAAGCUUGGCAGGAUCUAGAAAAUUAUGAUGUAGCGUCGCUGUCGAAGGAGCAGCGCGACAUCAUCGAAGCAGAUAGCUUCUGGUGUCUGUCAAAAUUCUUGGAUGGUAUACAGGACAACUAUAUAUUUGCUCAAUUGGGAAUUCAGCACAAAGUAAAUCAGUUGAAGGAACUGAUACAAAGAAUCGAUGCACCAUUGCAUCAACAUUUACAUCAGCACGGGGUGGAUUAUCUACAAUUCUCCUUUCGAUGGAUGAACAAUUUACUGACCAGAGAAAUCCCGCUUCAUUGUACCAUUCGAUUGUGGGAUACUUAUCUAGCAGAGUCUGAUAGAUUCGCAUCGUUUCAGCUCUAUGUAUGCGCGGCCUUUCUUCUACUUUGGAGACGACAUUUACUUCUGCAACCUGAUUUUCAAGGGCUAAUGUUAAUGCUACAAAACCUGCCCACGCAAAACUGGACGGAUUCAGAGAUCGGCAUGCUAGUAGCCGAAGCAUACAAAUUAAAAUACGCAUUCGCCGACGCGCCAAAUCACCUGCAAGCUUAUGAUACUACGGCUAGGUGACCAUGUUCAGUUAACGAAUUUGGGUUAAUGUUAUUAUGAAUAUAGUGGCCAAACUGUGAGGGGCUGGUAGUAUUGUGUUAACGCGCCGGCUCUCUUCUUCCGUCUCUAUCGUCGC